GAAGGAGACUAGGACAGCCUUAGGCAUAGUGGCUAGUGGAUGAAGGCCCGGAGUGAAGCAGGGCCCAGCAGAGACUGGUGGGGACUGGGGCUCUGGGAUGGUGCAGAGGAGUCGGCGUUGAAGGCCCUGGGGACAGAAGGCCUCUUUCUCUUUUCCUCCUUGGACACAGACCGGGAUAUGUACAUCAGCCCCGAGGAGUUCAAGCCCAUUGCUGAGAAGCUGACAGGGUCAACUCCUGCGGCCAGCUACGAGGAGGAGGAGCUGCCCCUUGACCCCAGUGAGGAGACGCUCACCAUAGAAGCCCGAUUCCAGCCUCUAAUCCCGGAGUCCAUGACCAAGAGCAAAGAUGGGUUCCUGGGGGUCUCUCGCCUGGCCCUGUCCGGCCUCCGCAACUGGACAACCGCCGCCUUGCCGAGUGCAGUGUUUGCCGCCCGCCACUUCCGGCCCUUCCUUCCCCCUCGGGGCCAGGUGGAGCUGGGGGAGCCCUGGUGGAUCAUCCCCGGUGAGCUGAGCGUCUUCACCGGCUAUCUGUCCAACAACCGCUUCUACCCCCCACCGCCCAAGGGCAAAGAGGUCAUCAUCCAUCGGCUCCUGAGCAUGUUCCACCCGCGGCCCUUUGUGAAGACGCGCUUUGCCCCUCAGGGGGCCGUCGCCUGCCUGACGGCCAUCAGCGACUUCUACUACACCGUGAUGUUCCGGAUCCACGCCGAGUUCCAGCUCAGCGAGCCGCCUGACUUCCCCUUCUGGUUCUCACCUGGCCAGUUCACCGGCCACAUCAUCCUCUCCAAAGAUGCCACUCACAUCCGAGACUUCCGCCUCUUCGUGCCCAACCACAGGUCUCUGAAUGUGGACAUGGAGUGGCUGUAUGGGGCCAGUGAGAGCAGCAACAUGGAGGUGGACAUUGGCUACAUCCCCCAGAUGGAGCUGGAGGCCCUGGGCCCAUCGGUGCCCUCCAUGAUCCUGGAUGAGGACGGCAACAUGAUCGACAGCCGCCCACCCUCGGGGGAGCCCCUCCAGUUUGUGUUUGAGGAGAUCAAGUGGCAGCAGGAGCUGAGCUGGGAGGAGGCUGCCCGGCGCCUGGAGGUGGCCAUGUACCCCUUCAAGAAGGUCACCUAUCUGCCAUUCACCGAGGCUUUCGACCAAGCCAGGGCCAAGAACAAGCUGGUGCACUCAAUUCUGCUGUGGGGGGCCCUGGAUGACCAGUCCUGCUGAGGUUCAGGGCGGACUCUCCGGGAGACUGUCCUGGAAAGUUCGCCCAUCAUCGCCCUCCUCAACGAGAGCUUCAUCAGCACCUGGUCCCUGGUGAAGGAGCUGGAAGACCUGCAGAACGACCAGGAGAACCCAUCCCACAAGAAACUAGCUGAUCUGCACCUGGAGAAGUACAGCUUCCCCGUGGAGAUGAUGAUUUGUCUGCCCAACGGCACUGUGGUCCACCACAUCAACGCCAACUACUUUUUGGAUAUCACCUCCAUGAAGCCAGAGGAUGUUGAGAACAACGUCUUCAGCUUCUCGUCCACCUUUGAAGACCCAUCCACGGCCACCUAUAUGCAGUUCCUGAAGGAGGGCCUUCGACGUGGCCUGCCCCUCCUCCAGCCCUAGUGUGCCCUUGGGCCUCGGGCCUCGGGCCUCAAGAGGCCAGGCUGGAGAGGCGGAGCUGAAGGAAGGGCCUCCAAUGCGAGUACAGGCCCCUCUCAGGGCCAGAGCCAGUGGUCCUCGCACUCCCAUCCCUGCCACUCCCAGGCUGCCCGUGGGACCCUGAGGUCAAUGGGGGGUAGACAGGGGGUGUCUGGGCUGGCUGGAUGGAUAAACCUUUGGCUCCAGCUCCCACCAUCAGCCCUUUACUACCCACAUGGUCCCAGAAGCUGUUCAGGAUACCCAAACCAGGGCCUCGGAUCAUCUCCCUGGACCUCACCCACUUGGGCACCUAGUCCAGGUCCUUGUGGGGUAAAGAUCAGGGAGGAGUGGUGCUAGAAGACUGGGCCACCCCCCUCUCCUUACAUUCACCCCCUCCCAGAAGAAACAUCAAGAAACCCUGGACUGGGGGUUAAGGAGGGAUUACCAGGGAAGCACUCUUGUGCUUCAGCUGGAGACAGCCUUCUGGAGGCUCAGGGCAAAACCCUCCUUCGGAAGGAGAAUUCACUGUACCUAGGACCUCGGCUCCCCAGACCACUCAACCGACCUAACGAGAGGACCCCAGCACCUAUUGUGGGGCUUGCUGGAGGCCGGCCGCCUGGAGAGUUCACUGUGAAGUAGGCUGUGCUCUUAGCAAGGGAGUCCACUGGGGGGAUCCUGAGGCCCAAGGCCAAGGCACCCCCAACCACCUACCCCGGCGAGGGUCACAGUAGGACGACUGGAGCCAGCCUCCUGGCCCUCAGACCCCCGCUCCCCAAAAGUGUAGCUCAGCCAAAGAACACGGACACCCCCAGAGGUGGUGCUGCCCCGGCUGCCAGGGCAGUCCAGACCAGCUUGCCCACCCCCUAGCGGCCAUUGACCCUCCUUGGCCUCUCUUAAGGCCUUGGUCUACAUUCCAAGCCACGGGCCACAGCCAGUCUUUUUUAUAUAUGCAGAAAAGUGUUUUUAUGAGAAGCUUCUCACAGUUUGUAGGUAUUUUUGAUAACCCCAACGCUGAGGAGAAAGAAGGGGCUGUGUCUUCCCCCAGCAGCAGCCCCAUGAUGGCUGGAUCUGAAAUCCUAGAUGGGUCCAGCUUGAUGUCUUUGCAGCUGCAACUAUGGGAAGAAAUAGUCCUCUCUUCCUUUUCUUCCAGCUUUUUAAAAAAGGUCAGUGUACCCCCAACCCUAUCCUUGUCCUCCACUCAGACCCAUGGGAGAUCCUUGGGCUUUCAUUAAAGCCUUGGAGCCACACCUGCUCCCCAAUGCCUGAGCCCCCAGGGGCUCACUCUUAAACCUGGAAGAGGAAGGCAGACAUUUCCUCAGACACACUCCCAGGCCUCCAUCUGCUGAGUUCUCCUGUCUGCCACUGAAGUAUCCAUACUGCGCCUUCUCUCUCAGGGGCGCUCGUUAACAUGACUUGUAUUUGCUCAUUUAAUCCUCACAGCAAACCCGUGAGGCACAUUUUAAUUGUUCCCAUUUGCAGAUGAAGAAACUGAGUCUCAGGGAAGUGAAGCGAUGUGCCCAAGGUCACUGCGUGGUAGAGUUGAGAUUCAGCCUGUCUCGAUUUUGGAGUGUUUUGUUUUGCACUGCGCCCCACCUCUCUCCCCUCCCCAUUUUCACUGAGGUGAGAAAGAAAGCCUUUCAGACCAAAAUGUCUCCCUUCCCUCUGAUCUCCAGACCAAAAGAGGCAUGAGCCAGCAAGCUCAACCAAGUUGUGUCCUUCUGGGAGGCGGUGCCUCCAGGCACCUUACAGGGAGGGAGGGCACCUGAGUCUGCAUCCAGGCUUCCAGGCCUGGGUGGCAGUAACCAGUCCGUGAGCCCCCCAGUGUCAGCGGAGACCCAGCCUCGCGGCCCAGCAGGCUCUUCCCCUCGUGCUGGUCCAGGAGGGCCCGCCCUACACUGAACAGCCCUCAUCCCGUGUAAGGCAUCCAUUGCUUUGGCUUUCUGAUCUUCACCUCAAACCUUUUCCUGAACCCCCCCCCACUAUGCCUUGAAGCUCAUGGUGGGGGAGGGCCCCCAGCUCCCUCCUGUCACCCGUCUGCCACUUCCCUUCCCUACCCGCAUGUCCAGUAAUAAAAUUGGAGAGACCAGGGUGGUUCUAA